GAGGAGAGGGGCAGGCCGGAAGGAGGGGGGGAGGGAGAGGCUUGGCUUCCAGCUGCUGAAAAGGAAGAGCCGCUCUCCGGCUGCCCCCAAAGCACAAAGGGAGAGCCGGUGGCGGGGACUCCUCCAUCGGCGCGGCGGGGACCAUGGCUGCAUCCUGCAAGAGCUGGCUGGCCAACGAGGGAAGCAAACACCUCCUCCUGUUGCUCUGGCUGUCUCUCAACGUGGGAUUGUUUUGGAAAACUUUCCGGCUGUAUUACCAGGAACCUCAGUAUUACUAUUUGCAUCAGAUGCUGGGGGAUUGUGCCUCAGCAGAGCUUCUGCUUCUGCCCUUAACCUCAACUGCAGCCUGGUCCUCUUGCCCAUGUGUCGGAUUCUCCUGGCCUUCCUCCGAGGGUCUCGGAAGGUGGCUGGCCGAAAAACCAGAAGGCUUCUGGAUAAAAGCAAAACUUUCCAUGUAACGUGUGGCAUCACAAUAUGCAUCUUUUCAGUGCUUCAUGUUGCUGCUCACCUGGUGAAUGCUUUGAACUUCUCUGUGAACUACAGCGAAGAGUUCCUUGCACUCAAUGUGGCCAGCUACCAUGGUGAGGAUCCCAGGAAACUCCUUUUUGCUACAGUACCUGGAUUAACUGGGGUUCUUAUGGUGCUGGUGUUAUUCCUCAUGUCUACAGCCUCGACUUAUGCCAUUCGGGUUUCUAAUUAUGACGUCUUCUGGUACACCCACAACCUCUUUUUUGUCUUCUAUCUGCUGCUGAUGUUGCAUGUUUCUGGGGGAGUUCUGAAAUAUCAGACAAAUCUAAAGGAGCAUCCUCCUGGGUGUUUGAACCCCAAUGCAACAAUUCGAGAGAACAGACGAUUUGCAGCUGGUUUCGAAAAGUCACUCUCUGAAAAUGUCUUGGAGCCUCUCCCAGAAGGGUUGGUGGAGCUAGAGUCUCUUCUCCAAAACAGCUUUGUGUGUACUGAGGAACCAAAAUUCCAAGCCCAUUUCCCUGAGACAUGGCUUUGGAUCUCCGGACCGUUGUGCUUAUACUGUGCCGAAAGGCUCUACCGCUAUAUCUGUAGUAGCAAUAAACCUGUUGCAAUAACUGCUGCGAUCAGCCACCCCUGUGAUGUCCUUGAGGUACGGAUGAUGAAGCAAGACUUCAAAGCGAGGCCUGGGCAGUAUGUCAUCCUGCAUUGUCCCAGUGUGUCGUCUGUGGAAAGCCAUCCAUUCACCCUAACGCUGUGCCCAACAGCUACCGAAGCAACAUUUGGAGUCCACAUUAAAGUCGUAGGCGACUGGACAGAGAGGUUUCGGGAUAUGCUGUUUCUACAUUCCUCUUGGGAUGCUGAGAUGCUGCCAGUCUUCCAGCAAAGGCAUUAUCCUAAAAUGUAUGUGGAUGGUCCCUUUGGGAGUCCCUUUGAAGAAUCCUUUAAUUACGAGGUCAGCCUCUGUGUCGCUGGUGGUAUUGGAGUCACGCCGUUUGCAUCGAUCCUCAACACCCUGCUUGAUGACUGGGAAUGCUACAAGCUGAGGAGACUGUACUUCAUUUGGGUGUGCAGAGACAUCGCCUCGUUCCGCUGGUUUGCUGAUCUGCUCUGCAAAUUGCAUGACAAGCUCUGGCAAGAAAACCGACCAGACUUUGUAAAUAUCCAGCUGUACCUCAGUCGAACAGAUGGGAUGCAGAAAAUAAUUGGAGAGAAAUAUCAAGUGCUGAACCGCCGGCUUUUGAUUGGGCGGCCUCGCUGGAAACUCCUGUUUAAUGAAAUAGCCAAGUGUAACCGACAGAAGACAGUUGGCGUUUUUUGCUGCGGACCCCGGGGGAUCUCAAAAGCCCUUCACAAACUGAGCAACAGCAGUAAUCCCUAUGGGACGCGGUUUGAAUACAAUAAAGAAUCCUUCAGCUGAAAGCCUCCAGGACCUAGAAGGACUGUCUGGAUGACCUGAGUGCAAUUAAAAAGACUUCAAAAUCUGCAGCAUUAGCCUGGUGCCAUGUACCAAAGAGUAGCAAAAUUGUGUGUGUGCAUGUGUGUGUGUAAUUUAUAACUAUUUAAAACUCUAGGAAGCAAAGAAAUACACUCUAGCUGGAUAUGCACAAAAUAUCUUGGGAGCUGGCAGUUCAUCUUUCCAGAGAGCUUGAAUUAGCAGAAGGCAAUUAGAGACACAUAUAGUGGCUUAUAUGGCUGGCUUUAAGAUCAGUCUGGGGAACAAAUGAACCUUCUCCUAAGGGCUGCAGCCCCCAGAAAGUGGCAUCGGUUGAAAACUAGAUUGUUCAGGCUGGGGUGGGGUGGUGGUGGAAUACAUUGGAAAUGAAGUUCUUCUCUGUGCUGGCAAAUAAAUAAAGGAACUU